AUAGAGCGGGAGUCGCCUGCACCGACGCCGGCGAGGACGCAAGAGUGACCGCUCAGCUUCAGCCCUGACAGAUAAUGGCCUCCACUGGGAACAGGCUGUCAGAAAAGCAGUUCCAAUGCACCAUCUGUCAGGAGGUUUUCACCGAUCCGGUGACGACCCCCUGCGGACACAACUUCUGCCAGGCCUGCAUCCAAAGCGUGUGGGACAGCAGCAACGUCUACCAGUGCCCCACCUGCAACAAGUCCUUCCUCACCCGGCCUGAAAUCAGCAUCAAUGUUGCUUUCAAAGAGCUGGCAGAUACCUUCAGGCAGAUGAUAGGCUGCUCGUCUGCCUCCCCUCUCUGCGCGGCCAAGCCGGGCGAGGUGGCGUGCGACGUCUGCGCCGCCACGUCCCUGCAGGUCAGGGCCCUGAAGUCCUGCCUGGUGUGUCUGACGUCGUACUGCGAAGCCCACCUGGAGCCCCACCAGGGGGUCGCCACCCUGAAGAUGCACAAGCUGAUCGACCCGGUGACGAAUCUGCAGGAGCGGAUGUGCAAGAGGCACGAGAGGCUGCUGGAGAUGUUCUGCAGGAACGAGCAGAAGUGCAUUUGUCAGUUCUGCACCGAGACCGAGCACAAAGGCCACCAGGCUGUCAGGAUAGAGGAGGAGAGCAAAGAAAGAAAGGUCCAGAUGAAAAAGACAGAGGCAGACUUUCAACAGAUGAUCCAGGAGAGGCUGAAGAAAGUGGAGGAGAUUGGAAACUGCCUGAAGCUCAGCACAGUGAGUGCAGACAAGGAGCUGACGGAGAGCGACCACCUGUUCGCCUCUCUGAUUCGCUCCAUUGAGGAGAGGCAAAAAGAAGUCAAGGUGGAGAUCAAGGAGAAGCAGAGGGCGGCUGAGAGGAGGGCGGAGGAGCUCAUCAGAGAGCUGCAGCAAGAAAUCACUGAGCUGCAGAGGAGAAACGCUGAGCUGGAGAAGCUGGGGAACACUGAGGACCACCUGCACCUUCUACAAAGCUUCAACUCAGUCACAUCACCUCCAGUCACCAGAGAGUGGUCGGAGAUCGGCGUGCACCCUGAACUCUGUGUGGGGACAGUGAGGACGGCUCUGUCAAAACUGGACACCACCCUGAAGAAAGAGCUGGACAGUCUGAAGAAAGAAGAAAUGAAGAGAAUGCAGAAGUAUGCAGUUGACGUGGUGUUAGACCCUGACACUGCACACCCAAACAUUGUCCUGUCGGCGGACGGGAAGCGGGCGGGCCGCGGCGAGCUGCUGCACGUCGUCCCUGACAUCCCUCAACGCUUCGACCCCGUCAUCUGCGUGAUCGGCAAGAAGGGCUUCCAGUCUGGGAGGAUCUACUUCCAGGUGACAGUAGGAGAAAAGACCUUCUGGGAUUUGGGUGUGGUGAAGGAGUCGAUCAACAGGAAGGGCAUGAUCACUUCGAAGCCAGAGAACGGCUUCUGGACGGUGCGUUUGAGGAACGGCAACGAGUACCGAGCUCUGGACUCCCCCUCAGUCCUUCUCCCGCUGAAGCAGAAGCCGCAGACGGUGGGAGUGUUUGUGGACUACGAGGCAGGGGUGGCCUCCUUCUUCGACAUGGAGGCCAGAUCUCACAUGUACACCUUCACCGAGUGCCUGUUUUCCGAGAGGAUCUUCCCGUUCUUCAGCCCCGGGGUUUGCGAUGACGGGAAGAACACGAAGCCCCUCAUCAUCACUGAUGUGAACCCGGAGACAUAAACUCAAGCAUGAUUAUUGAAUUUCAGUCUGGUGCUGUCUGGGAAGUUUCAUCCUAACGAGCUCAUCUCGUAUUCGUUAGGAAUCACCAUUGUUUUACGAUAAAUCUCCAGAUUUUAACUCUUUUUUUGUGUUGAAGUGGUAUUUCCUCAUGGGGGACAGAUUUGAGAUGUUUUCAACUUUGCAGGUGUUUGAGAUUUUACAUUAAAGUACUGCCUUCAAAGCUUCGUGGUUUGCUACAGACUAAGUUCACAGAGCUGAUCAAACUUUCCUGAUAAGAGGAAAAACAGUCACAAAACCUUAAAGAAAGACCAGCUGCUUCCUUUAUGCUAUGAUUAUAUAUAUUACAAUAAUAAUUAUUAUUAUAUAUAUGAUAAUAAUCAUCCUGAAGAAAAUAAAUAUAAUUUACAUAGUUUUGAAAAAUUAUACCAGUAAGUCAUUUCAGGAGUCAAAAAACAAAAAUCUAUUUAUUUGACUUCAGUAAAUAUUACAGACAUAUUAAGAUUAUUUUAAUUUUAUUUUAUUUUUUCAUGAAAGUGGUGUAAUUUUAAAUUAAAAUAUAAAACUGAAGUGAAUUAUGUUUAUUUAAUAUGUUAAAGAAUGCUUUGUUGAGUUAUAGGUGCAAUUGAGUUUUAAACCUCGGUGGUUUUUUAUGUUUUGUCUGUUUUUAGUUUUAUCUUUUGACAUGUUGACAGAACACUGACAAAGUAAGAAUCCCUUUACUCCCUGUUAAGAGUUUACAACCAUGAUGGAUGUGGGAGGGGGUCACCAUAUGUGUGCCAAGAGCAAUUUAUUUUGAAGGAUACACCAAUGAUAUGACAGGGACACGUGUCGGUUGUUCUAGGAAGGGGAUUUCAGACCCAUUUAUAGAAAUUCUGUCUUUUCAUUUAUCAAACAAUGAAAUAAAUACUGAGAAUUGUUCAAAUUCGGAAUGACAAACACAGCUGCACCUCAUGGCAACAGGCACAGCGCAGUGAUAAAGAAAACUGACUUGACUUUUAACACAUCUUUGCAUUUUGUUAAUGUAUGUAUGUGUUUUUAUUUCCUUUUAUGUUAAAUAUUUAUUGUUUCACUGUUUGCAUAGAAAAACCUAUAGGUUCACAUUUUUAAAGGACACUUUUUUUCUAAGAGAAGUAAAAUAACUGCAAGAAGGUUCAGUCAAGGUGUUUGUACAGAUCAGGGAUGUCAAACAUAAGGCCCGUUGGCCAAAACGGGUUCGUGAGAGUCUUCAAUUGUAAAACUUUUAAAGAAAAUGUUCAGCUUUUUUCAAAAGAACACAAUUCUGAAGAGGAGUCGACACAACACAACAGAAGAUGAGACAAGAAGUUUUAGGAGAUUUUUUUUUUUUUUUAACCUUUCACCGAAGGGAUCAUUAAAAAAAAGUGGUCUGGCCCACUGAAGAUGAAAAUGGGCUGCAUGUGGCCCCUGAACAAAAAUGUGUUUGAAAUUCAUCAAUUGUGUAAUGUUGUAUGGU